AUGUUUUCAUGCACCCACCGUAAGAGCUGUUUAGAAGCUUGCUUCCUAGCGCACACAGUCAGCUGUUUUUGCCCUGAAUCUGCUCUGUUUGCCGUGUGUCGCGCUGUAGACGAUCAUUCUCGAGUGAUCCUGCAGCCAAUGGAAGACGACCCGUCCUCCGACUACAUAAAUGCCAACUACAUUGAUGGAUACCAGAGGCCCAGCCAUUACAUCGCAACUCAAGGCCCUGUCCACGAGACGGUGUACGACUUCUGGAGGAUGAUCUGGCAGGAGCAGUCGGCUUGUAUCGUGAUGGUAACCAACCUAGUGGAGGUGGGCCGGGUGAAAUGCUAUAAAUACUGGCCAGAUGAUGCUGAAGUUUAUGGAGAUUUCAAAGUGACGUUUGUGGAGGUCGAGCCGCUCGCGGAAUACGUUGUCAGGACUUUCACUCUGGAGAGGAGGGGUUUUAAUGAGGUGCGAGAGGUAAAGCAGUUUCACUUCACUGGCUGGCCCGAUCAUGGAGUCCCGUAUCACGCUACAGGACUGUUGUCAUUCAUCCGACGAGUCAAGAUGUCCAACCCUCCCAGCGCUGGGCCUAUCGUCGUCCACUGCAGGUACCGCAAUGCAUCAUCACAUCCUCGGCUCCUUCACACACGGUACAGCCUGGAAAUGCAGAGCUCAUGUGAGCAUACGCUGAACUCAGUGACUCCUCAGCCUCAGCCUGAAGACUGCAGCAUUGCACUCCUUCCUCGAAAUCACGACAAGAACCGUUUCAUGGACAACCUCCCGCCCGACCGCUGCCUGCCGUUCCUCAUCACCAUCGACGGAGAGAGCAGCAACUACAUCAAUGCAGCGCUCAUGGAUGGUUGUCCUCAGUACUGGCCGGAGGAGGGAAUGCUAAGAUACGGCCCUGUACAGGUGGACUGCAUAUCCUGCUCUAUGGACUGUGAUGUCAUUAGUCGUCUUUUCAGGAUAUGCAACCUGACCAGGCCUCAGGAAGGUUACCUGAUGGUCCGUCAGUUCCAGUACCUGGGAUGGGCGGGUCAUAGGGAAGUUCCCGCCUCCAAGCGCUCGUUCCUCAAGCUGAUCCUCCAGGUGGAUAAAUGGCAGGAGGAAUGCGAGGAAGGCGAUGGACGCACUAUUAUACACUGCCUGAACGGAGGCGGCCGCAGUGGGAUGUUCUGUGCCAUCAGUAUCGUGUGUGAAAUGAUAAAGCGGCAGAAUGUUGUAGACGUCUUUCACGCUGUGAAGAGUCUGAGGAACAGCAAGCCCAAUAUGGUGGACAGCCCGGAGCAGUACCGCUUUUGCUACGAUCUGGCUCUGGAGUACAUCGAGACGUCAUAAUGGAGACGUACGGACUCGUGUGUGUGUGUGUGUGUGUGUCUGAGCAGAACACACUCGGCUUAUUUUACAUGUGACACGGAUGUCGAGUGCCGUGGAAAUGUCUCCAUUCGUGCAUAUGUGUUGACUUUCAUGAGAUUCAAGUGCCGGCCAUGUUUUUUUAAUAUGAACUUCUUUUUUGUUUUAUGGUUUCGUGCAGCCAUUUGAAACACUAAGCCCGAGCUGUUGCAUGCUGAAGACGCUCUUUAUUUCUUUGUGUCUAUCACUGUUCCUGUUAAUAAACAUAUGUGUAGUAGUGCUCGUGUAAAUGGACAUUGUUUCGAAAGGGGAAAAAACGAACAAACAGGUUCAUCCAUCGAUCGAGAGCGUGUAACUGUGGCUCGAGAAGACUGCAUUCCGCACGAAUGGCUGGCUUAUUAUGUGUUCUUUUGUUUUUUGGUAGCAGACGAUGACCAUAAGCCAAAGACUUGUGUAAAAAUGUCUAUAGGGAUGAAGCACAUUGUUUGUAUUUAUUGUUUACUUGCAUUUUUGAAAGCUCAAAACAAUCAUUAUCAUUCCCCAUUUAGCCGAAAUUUUUCACUGCAAGCGCUCUUUUAUGUACGAGACAGAUUUAAGUAGUGUUAUUUUAUUUUUUGUUGUUGUUGUAUUUGAAAAUUGUAUUUCUUUUGAAAUAUUUUACAUGCUAUCGUGGUUUGUUUUACGCAAC